AUGAAGGACUGGAGCAAACAGACCGUGGUCCAACUCAAGGCUGAGUUAAAGCGUCGAGGGCUUGGCCAAGCUGGUCUCAAGCAAGAUCUCGUCGCGCGCCUUACCGAAGAUGAUGCCGCCGCCGCUGUCGCGGAAAACGAGGCGGAGGCCUCUGAACCCGAGCCGGCUGACAGCUCUGAGCACCAAUCUGUUGAGGCUGCGGAGCCGACCACUGAUUCUGCGCCUGUCGAUGAUUUACCCAAGGAAGCUGACGGUGCCGGGCUCGAGCCGACAUCCACAUCUGUCGAUGAAAUCCAGCCAUCCCCCCCGGCUAACGACGAGCCUGCGGCACCCACCGAAUCUGACAAGCCAGAUGUUCCGGCUGCUGGUUCAGAGACCAUUACUCCGGCCGAACCCACACCUCUUGCACCGGUCGAGAUAACUCAGGACGCGCAAAAAAGGAAACGCCGGUCGGAGAGCCCUGUUCAGUCUUCAGAAGAUGUCGCCCGCAAGCGGAUCAAAGCGGAGCAGGAGCGCGAAGCACAAUCAUCGGAGCCAUCGGGUGUGGUUGAAGUUAUUAAGACAGUGAAGGAGAGUCUCGAGAACAACACCAGUAUUGUGGAGGAUAUUGCCAAGGACGCAAAGGACAUUACCGAGAACGCAAUUAAUCCUCCCGAGGAUGUGCCAAUGGCACAGGAAGCGAAUGAGGGGGGCAUUGAAGAUAUCGCAAUGACAGCGAUUGAGGAUGAAGCGAAAGGAACCGCGACAGGUGCAUCCUCAGUCGAAGGUUCGAAUCUAGAAACUUCGAAUGAUUCCAAUCGCAGGUCAAAAGACGAGUCAGACCAGGCCAGGGACAUGCAAGAUGCUUCCGAGCAAACACAGCAGCCCACUCGUCACAACGAGGGCGACGCGAUGGAUGUGGAACGUGACGUGCAGCCAGCUAUCCAUCCUGCUACCAGAGCUCUCUACAUCAAAAACUUCAUGAGGCCCUUGCGCGAGAACGCGGUCCAGGCGCAUCUAAUUGAACUAGCAGCUCCCGCCGGCGCAGGCCCCAACGAAGACGACGUUGAAGAGUUCUUCGUGGAUCAGAUUAGAACUCAUGCUUUCGCUGUCUUCAAAACCACAGCUCAGGCAUCACGCGUUCGCAAUGCCCUGCAUGACGUCAUUUGGCCCGAUGAGCGUGAACGUAAGCCGUUGUGGGUAGAUUUUGUCCCACCAGAGAAGGUCAGAGAAUGGAUCGAUGAAGAAGAAGCUCAGGGAAGUCGUCGGAGAGGGGCUCGCUGGGAGGUACUUUACGACCGCGAAGACGAUGGGUUUGUCGUUGCCCGCUUGGAUUCCGGUACGGCGCCUCCUCCCGCCCUGACAGCAGCACCCGAGCAAACCAGAUCCGUUCCUUCUGGACCCGCAGUCAAGGACGUAAACAAUAUCCCCCUCGGACCUCGCGCCGGACGUGGGACGGAUAACGUGCCUCUUGGACCCCGAGGAGAGGCACCUCGCGGACCCGGAGGAAGAAACCCGCGGCAGAUCCCGGGCUUCCCAGGAGGCCCCGUUCAAACCACGCACAAGAAUCCCCCGAUCUCUUUCCAGCCCGUCUCUGAGGAUCUGGCUAAUAGACGAAUUCGUAACAUGCGAUCGUUCUACACCCAGGACCUCAAGCGAGACAUGGGCCCUGAAACCGAUAUAAACCGCUACACUUUCGAACAAGGCGAUAGUUUUGUCGAUAGAGGACAGGAAGUCUUCGUGGGUAUACGGCCUCCUCACAGAGAAGCCCAGAGACGUCGGGACAGGGGCGGUGGAGGCGGUGGACCGCCUCGCGGACCUCCCGCCGGUCGCGGCAGACGUAACGGUAAUCGCCGUGGCGGCGGCCCGCGCCCGCUGAGCGAUAGAUACCUCCCAGGCAUCAACGAGAGCGGUCCUUACAGGCAAGGCGACCGCGGAAACUUCGGAUCCCGCGCCGGUGACCGUGACAGACGGUUUUAG